AUGGAAGCCAUAGACCUAGUGCCCAGCAUAGUCACCCUAAUCAGCGCAGCCAGCCAUGCCGCCUCGAUCCUCGAACAAGUGUUGGGCUUGCGCGGCGUCUCACUUUACGUCCUUGGGGCGAUCAAUGAAGUCACUGACUUCAAGGCAACUCUCACCUUAGUACAGACGGCGUUGAAUGAAACUCGGCACCAGGUCCCGCCACAUUAUCAGGCUAAAUUUCAUAGGCUUUCAGGCCGAGUAAUGGGCCGGGUCGACGCCUUCACCAAGUAUCUACGGAGAAAUGUUUUGCGUGAGCGAAAAGAAGUGGCCGGUGCUGAUAAGGUCACCAAGUUAAAAAGAUGUGUGAAGUGGAUGGACGUGUUGGGAACAGGUCAAGUACAAUGUCAGAUUGACGCAUUCCAACAGGAGCUGGCUUCCUUGAAACUCAGCUUUGUAUUAGCGAUGAGUGCAACGAAUCUGAGAACCACCAGCAGGCUUUCUACUGUCAUACAAGAUGUAACCAUCGUUCACGCGGGAGACAUGCCCACAGAAUCGACGACUUAUGACAAAACACUCGAUCUGCCUGAUGCCAUGGAGAAAGCGGCCUGUAGGAGCACAAUCUCGUCAAUCACCGAUGGGACCAUGAUCGACCAGCAAACUAAAUGCAAUUCCCAUAUCAAGAUUGAAACUAUCGAAGCGACGACAGAUCGAACCUGCAAGUCAUCAGGUCCUUGCGAUUGCCAUAUACCACUUGUGGCUACUACGCCGAGGUGGCUACGUGGGGUGAUAGGUGCCGCAUUCUUCAAAUUUGCUUCAGUGCCUUUACUCAACCGCCGGCUAUGUAACUACGGUCGGUGUCGUCAUAAGUCAAACGGAACAGGAGCUCUGCGGUUUCAGUACUUUCUUCCGACAUGGCUCCUGCCGAUGGGAACUGAAUUUGCUGCAUGUUGGCGUUCACUCGGUGGCAUCGGAGGAGUCUGGAGUCUUGAAAUACCACAAGUUGUCGAUGACAACUUUGUCCACUGGAGCUUGACGUCUGCAUUGCGUAAUGGUGCGGUUGUUGAAGUUCAGCGGAUGAUGGAGCAUUACGGAGUCUGGGGUUUCGAUAUGCUCACGACCCUAAACCGCGAACCUAUCUCGCCACUUACCGCUCUUGGCGUCAUCUCUGUAAAGGGCGAAGUAUGCGAAGACUUCCAGAGACGAUCGAAUCUUCUGGACGCUAGUGAUGUUCUCGACCUCGCUCCCGCCACAAAGUUACUACUUAACGGAAACCUUAUGAGCCUAAAAUACCUUCUACGAAGUGAGCCGGGCGCUGUGCUAACCCGAGAUUCCAUGGGGAACACACCCCUGCACUGGGCUAUGACUCUGGGGAAUGUUGAGGCUGUCGACUUGCUGAUCGAAGCUGGCGCAAAUUCACAUGGUGUGGCAAAAGAUGGUACAGCUCCGUUGUGUAAUGCUGGUAGAUCUCACUUGAGUUCGGACGCAAUUUGCAGGAAGAUUGUCGAGGCCGGCGGAGACGUUGACCAAGUUUGCCGGCACAAUGAAACCGCUCUAGGCGUGGCGGUGCUGCGGGAUUGGCAUACUCCGAUGAUAGAUGUCUUGCUAGAUGCCGGAGCUAAUGUACAUGGGCUGCAUGAUGGCAUGCACAUUCUGAUGAGGGCGGCUUACUGGUCUACAUCAUACACCUGCGAACGACUAUUGUCAGCUGGCGCCGACAUCGAAGCUCAAGAUGAUGAGGGCAGAACAGCAGUCAUGAUAGCUGUGAUGAGCAACAACUGCUCCGCACUCGGGACACUCAUAGACCACGGCGCUCGGCUGAAUCGUAAGAAAGUUGACGGUCUGUCGAUUGUUCACAUCGCAGCUGCUUAUGGACAUGUGAAGACUCUACGGAUACUCGGGAAGGCAUGCAUGAAAGGCCUUCCCAUGGACGAAGAGUCAUUGAAGGAAUACUGGUUGUGGUUCGGAGAGCGCUAUGACUAUCUCUUACCACAGGGGUUUGCACCCUCCUCCUCCGAAACAGCCGCUUUCCAGGUCCUCGUUGAUAGCAUCGCCUCUGCCAAAUGUGUCACGAAAGAUGAUGAAAACAAAUGUAUCCACAUACCAGGGGCCUUUCCAGUCGAUAUGGAAAAGGCUGAGCGUCAAGAAAGGACUAUAAAUGAGCGAAGAGAAGUGGAUGCAAACAACGGCACUGACCCAGAGGAGACAGCGGCAGGAAUGAACCCGAAAUUUUCACAGACAGCGACGGUCAAAGCGAUGAAAAGGGCAGCGAAGUAUCGAGCGACAAUGAGGACGGUGCAUCACAAGCAUCACCGCUCCACAUCGACGCGCACUACCGAAUCUAGCAAUGACAAGGACCCAUCCCCGAUCUCCCCACUAAUCACGAUUUCGACUGUGGCUUGA